AUGAGCAAUUUCUCUCCACUCGAGAUUCCUCCCCUUUCUGAUUUCCCGUCGAAGCCGGAGGAACUCGAACACCCACCCCCACCUUUACCUCUUUACGAUUUUACCCGUCUUCCUAAUCCACCUAACGACUGGUCACAUUUCAAUGUCAAGUUUGAAACUGUUGCACAGGGACAUAGUCGUUCCUUGAAGCUCCCGCAGGUGCAAGUGUUGAUGAAACAUUACUUCUGGGGAAUCCACUAUGAAGAAACGACUAGGACCCCCAUGACGACGAGAAAGAAGCAAAGUCUCAAGGUUCAACAGAUGUUUCUGUUCAAGCUCAUAUACUACAUGCAAGAACGCCAUCGUCCGAAAACUUGGCAAGAAAUGCUCAACGUUAACCGAGAUACUGGGCCACGGCUCUUGAGAUAUGAUCUCGAUCCGCGGCCAAAGCCACUCAGUAGGUGGUACAUGGCUGCUCCGGAUGUGACCACACCUAUCUUGAAUGCGUACAUACGCCCUCUGGACGCGCCACCAGACAUGCCCGACUACCUUAUUCAACAAUAUAUGUACUCAGUUGAUAGCUUGUUCACACCACCUCCAACCCCUCCAGCUCCGGCGCCAACACUCGCUGCGCAAGAAGAGGAAAUCCUCCGUAUGCAACUGUUGCAACACAUGAACCCAGGAGUCCAAUUUACACCAGCCUAUUCAAUGACCGAUCCGCCAGGUACGAGAAUACCGGGCCCUGAGCCAGGCCAAAAACGGGGCUCGGAUGAAGACAGGGAAACCCGUAGAAAGCGCUCGAGACAAAUUUCACCCGGUGCUCCUGCUUACCGAGGUUACCCUCGUUCCCCCACUCCACCAUUUCAAGAGCCCGUCUUUGCUGUUGAUGAAAUCACCACUUUUACCUGGACGCCUGCUCUGGCACCUUCCCAUACAGUGGCCCCCAUUGGAAAGCACCAAUUGAGCCCUGUUAUCCCGAAACGUUUAGGCCUGAUUGACACGCGAGCGCUUACGGACGCCAUAGAGCGAGCUGUGAUGCAGAUUGUAUAUGCUGAUUUGGACCGUGAUCCCUCCAUUCCAUCCACUGAGAAACCCAUUCUCCGCGGGACAGCCCAGUCUUAUCAGGAUAUGCUCAAGCUGAAACUUGGAUCCUUCCCCACCACGGCGAAUGUAAAGUUGUCGCCAUUGACCUUUGAUUGGGAUCCAAACGGCACAUUAUUUCCGGUCCGGGGCCGCGGCCCUAUAUGGGAUGCAAUGUCUUGUGCAACAGAUGCUGUUAUUGUAGCGGGAAUGCUACUCGAUGCUGGUUGUACCAAGAUAGAUCGCGCAAAUAAUCGAGCAGCUGAGUUCAAGGAUAUCGAAAAAGCAUUCAUUGAAGUGACAAUGGCGAGCUGGGAGACCUUCGACGAUAAGACUUCCAUAUUUGUGCGUGACGAGUGGCUCCGUAUGUUUAUCGAUGGCUCACCCGGCCUGAGAAUGGGACAACCGAUUCCUCCUUGGGCGGUAUGGUCAGUGGCUACGAGAAGCUUCGCUCAAUUUCGUUAUUUCCACGUUGAGCGAGUGACCCCUUGCAAAUGCCAGUUCACGAUUCCGUUCUACAACUCCCAUCAAGGGUCCUGCAUUUUACCUGGGUACCAACCGGGCGACGAAAAUGGAGUAGAACUGCAAGUGUUGAUCGAGCGAUGUUUCUACCCACAAAAGUCUUUCAGGUGUGAUAAGUGUGGUGACCCGGCGGGAGUCACUGGAGAACGAAAGAUCGGUCAACUCCCGCUGCGUCUGGUCGUAACCUCUGAUAUCAAGACGCGAAUCCGAAGCCACACGGAGAAUCUCAGGUUCAAUUACAUAGACUAUGAAGACAAGCAACAGGUCGCACACUAUCGUUGGCUUGGCGGCAUCUAUAAUAACGAAUCCCAUGCUCGCCUUUUUUGGACAGAUACGCAACGAGGUGAGAAAGAUGAUGGAAAUAUUAUGAUGUACGACAGCCAAGUGAAUUCCGGAGUCCUUGUCGGUGGGAUCCCAGCAUUUCAACGUGAAGAAAGAGUACCCACUGAAUGGGUCAACCACCAUGCCAUUCCGCUCCUUUUCUACGAGCGAAUCAUGAAUCCCACCUCAGACCUCUUGUCAAAGGCCAACAACGCGAUGUUUCAGAUAAAUACUUGCGUGAACGAGAACAAAAACCUUCUCGAAGCACACGUCCCUUGGAAGCGAUCAAAUCCUCCGUUGCAGCAGGAGUCAUGGCCCCGUAUACUUUCAUACAAUGGUGAACGCUUCAGCAGUUUCAACCCCGGCUGGGCAACAGCGAGACCAUCCCCCAACCCAGCCGCCCCACAGACUAUUACACCCUCUCUAACACCCCCUCCCAUGGACCCGGCACUUCUUGAUCCGAUGGUCAUUGACCCAUCGCUCAUUGACUUAUCGAUUUACUCCACCACCACACCUCCGGAGUUCGACUUGUCCUCAUUCUUUGACGUGGCAAUGCCUGAUGACCCGCCGGCCACUGAUCAAGACCUAACUGAGGAUCUCACCAAGGACCAUAUGUUCAACUCGAUGAUGCAGAGCCCGCGCUGGCUCGCUCAAAAUCCUUAUGUGUGGCCUUCGGGUCUACCCGGUGACGAAGGAGCUUUGGACUUCCCCGAACUGCCUAUGACGCCCUAUCUAGGCAAUCGCAAGAGCACUGGGUGGUCAGAUAUUCCCAUGCCAGAUGCGCAUGAGAGUAUCUCUGAGCUUCGAAACCGAGUCUUCCGCAGUACGCACGGUAAUGGACUCCAGAGGUCCGCGGUGGCAAGUUACGCUAUUUCGAAGCAGGUCCUGAGUGCAAGUGAGAAGGAGGCCCUGCAUGAAGAGAGGAUGCGUCUAUUCAGGGCGAAGCAGAGAUUUAGUGAUGUAGAAGACAGAGAGGAAGAGGAGGAACUUGACCAAGAGAAGAUCGACCGAGAGAAGAUAGAGAGACAGGAGAGACAGGAGUAUCGCAAAAGGAGAGGGGAACGGGAAAAACAAGAGGAGCUUGAUAAGAAGAAGAGAGAGGAGCGAGAAAAACAGAAAGAGCUCGAAAAGAAGAGAGAACAAGAACAAGAAAGCGAAGAAAUGGAGAAAGACUCGAAAUGGACGAAAGAGGAAUACUAUAAACAGCAAAGACGAAAGGAAGAACAGAAGAAACAGGAAGAGAAGCCCAAGAUAUCAAGAAGACCGGGGUUGAGGAAUUCGAGGAAGAAAAACACCGAUCCAACAUGGAAGCCUGGUGAUAGUGAUGGAGAUGAAGCAGACUUGUCUUGA